CCUUAAUCACUAUUGAGACUCGAAUGACUCGUGACGUCUUUUGACGGCUUUCACGGAGACGAAGCUUUUGAAUUGAUCUCCCGGAUGGGAUACUCAAAGAUACUGUGUGCUAAACCGCUAAAUUGCCUCUUUGCAUUCUCACCGCUCCGUUGCUCCUUGCUCCUCAUGAGUGAGAGCCAAUCUGUUGGCGUGGUGGUUUAUCUUGGAUCGGGUCAAAGUUUCCCCUGAGACCCGCACCCACAUUGAAAAUCCCCUGAGACAAGUGCUUGAAACACCUAAACACCCCCCCCCUCCCGAAUCAUACGCAGAGCCCGAUUUCGAUUGCGUCCAGACAACUCUUGUAUCGGUCGGUCUACUUCAUCCUCACUGCACCUGCGAAGGCCUCCAUGAGCGACAUCGAUACCGAACCUAGUGCCUCAAAGCCCACCCCCACGAUGACGAUGAAGCCGACCGCAUUAUCCAAUUCCAACAAACCACAAGGCACAAUGCCAAACACUUCUUCCUCCAGAUCUUCAAUGCAGUUGCCGCAAUGCAAAAGCUUCCCUUCGAGGAGGGUCGACCGGAGGGGCAAUAGUCACUUCCAAAGCUUGACCCGUUGGCUACUUCAUAACCAAAUUUAUUUAUCCUUCAACCUCAUGGCCGUCCUCCUUUUCGUGCAUUCGUGUCUGCCCAAAGCCCGCCCAUACACGUCCAUGUUCUUCUCAUUGUCACAUUACAAUCCAAGCACGGGAAAUUAUGGCGCCGGUAGCGGUGAUUUCUUCUUUCUUGCACAUUGUGUCAUCCUUUUCACUGGUCUUCGGGCUUGCUUCAUAGAAUAUCUUCUCGAACCCCUAGCCAAACACUGGGGUGUUGUCAAGAAGAAGGAGCUCACUCGAUUCUCGGAACAGGCGUGGUUAUUGUGUUAUUACUCGAUAUUUUGGACGCUUGGCGUGUAUCUCUAUUGCACCUCGGACUAUUUCCUAGCCCCAAGAGAGAUGUUCACCAAUUGGCCAACUCGAGAGCUCCCUGGGAUCACGAAGGCAUACAUUCUGGGCCAGUGGGCCUUCUGGCUACAGCAGCUCAUUGUCAUCAAUAUUGAAGAGCGUCGCAAGGACCACUGGCAAAUGUUGGCUCACCACGUCGUAACCAUUCUGCUGAUUUACACUUCGUACACGUUGCACUUGACUACCGUGGCCAACUUGGUCCUGAUCUUGAUGGAUGUGGUCGAUAUCUUUUUCCCUAUCGCCAAGUGUUUGAAGUACCUCGGCUUCACUACCUUGCGAGAUAUUAUGUUCGGCAUCUUCAUGCUUUCAUGGUUCCUCGCGCGCCACGUGUUUUACAUCUUGAACCUGUACCACAUCUGGAAAUACAUGCCCGAGACUAUCAAUCCCGGCUGUUAUUACAAAUCACAGGACGGCCUGAUAAUCGGGCCAACCCCACUGCCUGAACAGGGUUGGUCGCAUAUGCUCGAAGCGUUCUUCAACCCUUCUGGCACCAUUUGCUACAGCGACGGCAUAAGGUGGGGAUUCCUCGGUGCCCUGGGGUUCCUUCAGGUUCUGACCAUAUCAUGGUUCCUUCUGAUCCUUCAGGUGGCGAUCCGUGUCUUCAAAGGGAUUGGCGCCGAUGAUAUUCGGAGCGAAGACGAAGACGAGGGCGAGUUGGAAGAGAAAGAAAAUAAACCCCAAGGAGACGGACCUCUCAACCCAGAGGCAUGGAAGCGCAGUGCUAAUGUUCGCGGGAAUGCGACUUCGUCUGGAGUGGGUUUGCCAGGGUCUUGGGACCGAAAGGAAUUGUUGGGUAGAAUUGGGUGUGAGAAACAUUAAUUCGCUUCUCGAAGCACACAAGCUUGUGAUAUUGAAUUUAUUUGGAUUUGGUUCAUGGCACUACAAAAAGGUCUGUGACAGGACAAUACUAGUCCUAAUUAGGAAACCCCGUGCCUCGACACCGAUUGAUUGAUUGAUUCCUCAGGCUUUUCGCGGCCGAAGGCUGCAUGUAGCCCCCUAGCAAGUACAAGUAUAAACUGAAGCUACGCUACCUAUUGUACACAUCUUUCUGUCCGACUGGUGUUUCACCUUCCUGU